AUGUCAGAUAAGUCUAACCCAAAUGGUUGUUCUAAAAAUUGGAUGAAUAAAAUCUUUGUCUGUAUUUAACAAGAAAAUUCAUAUGUUGUUAAGAUCCAUAAGGAAAAUUUUAGAGAAUAAGAUGCAAGGAGAGUACUCAAAUGUUAUGAAUAAAAAUUUAUCAAUACUGAUCAAUAUUGA